GGUGAGCGGACCGGUUUCCGAAGCCCGCAGGAGGAAAGAUGUCCCCAGAGGCGUUGGGCCCGGGCCGGGAUUGAGCCAGCCACCUUCCUGGCGGUUGCUUCCAUUGCCUUUCGCGGUGGUGCUAAGCCGCGCUUUUAAUUUUAGUUUGAUUUUUGGGUUCCAGAUACAGGUGUUCUCGGAAACUCGCAAGAAUUUUGCGUAGCGCUUCUGCGGAGGCGGUUUUUCGGUGUCCAUAUUGAAUAAAGGCUGGUCGCGCCACUGUGGAGUUGGCGGCGUUUUACAGUAUUAUAAGAUCGAUACUAAGGACAUGGUUUUCACCUCACUUCAUCAGCACACAUAAUUUUUUUCUUCUUUUUGGACUCUCUGUUUUAUGCCAUAAUGCAACAAGCUUUAGAACUAGCUUUGGAUCGUGCAGAGUAUGUCAUUGAAAGUGCCCGACAGAGACCUCCUAAAAGGAAAUACCUGUCAAGUGGAAGAAAGUCUGUAUUUCAAAAACUUUAUGACUUAUAUAUUGAAGAAUGUGAAAAAGAGCCUGAGGUUAAGCAGAAAUUAAGAAGAAAUGUGAACUUGUUAGAGAAGCUUGUUAUGCAAGAGAAUUUGUCAUGUUUAGUGGUCAAUCUAUACCCAGGAAAUGAGGGAUAUUCUCUGAUGCUCAGGGGGAAAAAUGGAUCAGAUUCUGAGACCAUUCGACUGCCUUAUGAAGAAGGGGAAUUGCUUGAAUACUUGGAUGCAGAAGAAUUACCUCCUAUUUUGGUUGAUCUCCUAGAAAAAUCUCAGGUGAAUAUUUUUCAUUGUGGAUGUGUCAUAGCAGAAAUACGUGAUUACAGGCAGUCCAGUAAUAUGAAAUCUCCUGGUUACCAAAGCAGGCACAUUCUCUUACGUCCAACAAUGCAGACUUUAAUCUGUGAUGUACAUUCAAUAACAAGUGAUAACCAUAAAUGGACCCAGGAAGACAAACUUUUGCUUGAGAGCCAGCUGAUCCUAGCUACAGCUGAACCACUGUGUCUUGAUCCUUCUAUAGCAGUAACUUGCACUGCAAACAGACUACUCUAUAACAAGCAAAAGAUGAACACUCGUCCAAUGAAACGGUGUUUUAAGAGAUAUUCCAGGUCCUCUCUGAAUCGGCAGCAGGAUCUGUCUCAUUGUCCACCUCCUCCUCAGCUGAGAUUACUUGAUUUCUUACAAAAAAGGAAGGAAAGAAAAGCAGGUCAGCAUUAUGACCUCAAAAUUUCUAAAGCAGGAAAUUGUGUAGAUAUGUGGAAACGGAGUCCCUGUAAUUUGGCCAUACCUUCCGAAGUGGAUGUGGAAAAAUAUGCUAAAGUAGAAAAGUCUAUCAAAUCGGAUGACUCACAACCAACAGUCUGGCCAGCCCAUGAUGUAAAAGAUGAUUAUGUGUUUGAAUGUGAAGCUGGCAGUCAAUAUCAGAAAACAAAGCUGACCAUCCUGCAGUCACUUGGUGAUCCACUUUACUAUGGUAAAAUACAGCCAUGUAAAGCAGAUGAAGAAAGUGACAGCCAGAUGUCUCCAUCACACUCCUCCACAGAUGAUCAUUCAAAUUGGUUUAUUAUUGGAUCAAAGACUGAUGCUGAGAGGGUAGUUAAUCAGUACCAGGAGUUGGUCCAGAAUGAAGCCAAAUGUCCAGUCAAGAUGUCACAUAGCUCCAGUGGCUCAGCCAGUCUGAGUCAACUUUCUCCAGGGAAAGAAACAGAACAGCCUGAGAACGUGUCAGUUCAGUCUUCAGUGUUGGGGAAAGGAGUAAAACAUCGACCCCCACCCAUCAAACUUCCCUCAAGCUCAGGAAGUAGUUCCUCAGGUAACUAUUUUACACCACAACAGGCAAGCAGCUUUCUUAAAUCUCCGACUCCUCCUCCUUCUUCCAAGCCACCAAGUCUUUCUCGGAAGUCAUCUGUGGAUCUCAAUCAAGUUAGCAUGCUUUCUCCAGCUGCCCUGUCACCUGCCAGCUCAUCACAAAGAUCUGGAACUCCUAAGCCAUCUACUCCUACACCAACCCCUUCAUCGAUCCCACACCCUCCUGAUGCUCAGAGCUCAACUCCUAGUACCCCUUCAGCCACCCCUACUCCCCAAGAUUCAGGCUUCACCCCUCAGCCCACUUUGUUAACUCAGUUUGCUCAGCAGCAAAGGUCUCUGAGCCAGGCAAUGCCUGUAACGACCAUUCCUCUUUCCACCAUGGUAACAUCUAUAACUACAGGAACUACGGCCACCCAGGUCAUGGCAAACUCUGCUGGACUUAACUUCAUCAAUGUAGUGGGCUCUGUUUGUGGGGCCCAGGCUCUGAUGAGUGGUUCAAACCCCAUGCUGGGCUGUAACACUGGUGCCAUAACUCCUGCAGGAAUAAACCUGAGUGGACUUCUGCCCUCAGGAGGUCUGCUACCAAAUGCAUUGCCCAGUGCAAUGCAGGCAGCUUCUCAAGCAGGUGUUCCAUUUGGUUUAAAAAAUACUUCAAGUCUCAGACCCUUAAAUCUACUCCAGCUUCCAGGUGGUUCACUCAUUUUUAACACCCUGCAGCAGCAGCAACAACAGCUGUCUCAGUUCACACCACAACAACCUCAGCAGCCCUCAACUUCUAGUCCUCAACAGCCUGGGGAGCAGGGUUCUGAACAAGGUUCAACCAGUCAAGAACAGACCUUAUCUGCUCAGCAAGCUGCUGUUAUUAACCUUACUGGUGUAGGGAGUUUUAUGCAGUCACAGGCAGCUGUGUUGUCUCAGCUUGGCUCUGCCGAGAACAGACCUGAGCAAAGCCUUCCUCAGCAGAGAUUCCAGCUCUCCUCUGCCUUUCAACAGCAGCAGCAACAGAUACAACAGUUGCGAUUCUUGCAGCAUCAAAUGGCUAUGGCAGCAGCAGCAGCACAAACAGCUCAGCUACAUCGUCAUCGGCAUACAGGCAGCCAGUCAAAAAGUAAAAUGAAGAGAGGCACGCCAACCACUCCAAAAUUCUGAGUCUUGCAUUAUUUUUUUUUAAACACAAGAGCAUUGAAUCAAAAGGAUUGAGUUUCUACUUCAUUUUUGUUUUUUAAUGUGUCAGUAUUUUACAUUGCUAGAUGUACAAACUUUAUACAGAAGCACAACCCUAUGAUUUUUAAAUAAAAACAGGGAAAUGGUUUAACAAACUAGGGUUGAUUUGCCUAAGUCAUUGCUUUUUAAAAAUGGUUUCACAGUACCUAAAUAUAUAUGGAAGUGACCUAAGAAAUACUAGAAACAUCCUUCAGAAGAAUGUAGUUUGAUAUUUAUUUAGUAUAAAAGGUUUGUGCACAGUUCAACAAAUACAAUUUUUACAAAUCUGUUUUGAAAA